AUGAUCCUCCUUCCUCUGCUGUUACUGCUGAGCUCCCUGGGCUCGGUGUCGCCGGGAGCCCCGUGUUCCCGGGGCCCUGCGUGCGACCCCCGGCGGCGGCGGGAUGCGGGGGGGCGCGGCGGCGUGUACGAGCACCUCGGGGGAGCGCCGCGGCGCAGGAAACUUUACUGCGCGACCAAAUACCAUCUGCAGGUCCACCCGUCCGGGAGGGUCGACGGGUCACUGGAGGAGAACCACCAGCUUAGCAUCAUGGAGAUCACCGCGGUGGACGUGGGCGUUGUGGCCAUCAAAGGGAUCUUCUCGGGUCGGUACCUGGCCAUGAACGACAAAGGGCGUCUGUACGCCUCGGAGGUGUUCAACAGGGAGUGUGAGUUCAUCGAGCGGAUCCACGAGCUGGGCUACAACACGUACGCGUCGCGCCACCACUCCACCGAGCAGCCUGCGGCGCCGGGGCCCUCGGGGGCCCGGCGCCGGGCCAGCGCCAAGCGGCAGUGGUACGUGUCCAUCAACGGGAAGGGCCGGCCACGCAGGGGCUUCAAGACCCGCAGCACGGACAAGGCCUCCCUGUUCUUGCCCCGCGUCCUCGGCAACAAGGACCACGAGAUGGUGCGGCGUCUGCUGCGGGAGCGCCAGGGGCCCUCCAGGGGCCCCCGCCACCCCGCCCACCGCGGCGGACGCACGGACCGCAGGAGGCGCCGGCACCGCAGCGGGAAGGGCCGUGGCCGGGGGGAGGAGCACUGA